UGUGUGUGUGUGUGUGUGUGUGUGUGUGUGUGUGUGUGUGUGUCUAUGUGUGUCGGGGAGGGAUGUUGCAAGGAUGCUCGGAUGUGUCUCGAAAAAGGAAAUUAACCCUACUCCCGCGCCUCUCCCCCACCCCAAUUUCACCGCCACAGCUUAGAACCACCCCCAUCCCGUGCCCUCCCAUCUCUCUGCAAACUGGGAGCCUGUGAGUUGCACAGAGAAACUCCCGCGGCCGGCCGGGGCUGGAAACUUCUCCUGGCGCCGGGAGGGGGUCGGGAGGUGAGGGGGCGCAGGCACCGGCUUGGGGCCGGCGUGGAGUCGAACCUGGAACUGAGCGGCGCGCAGGCUGGGGGAGCAGAGGCGGCGGGAAGGCGGGAAGAGAGGACCGCGGGCUCUUAGGGUCCGCCCGCUCUGGAGCUGGAGGGUUGUUUUGCAGUGGUGUUGAGCACGUCACCCAUUAAGAGCCCUUUAAAGACCUGGAUUGAUUGGAAGGACAAAAAUUAAAAGCAAUCUGAUCCGGCCUCAUGCAGGAUCCCGCGGAUUUUCUCCUUAUCCCAUUUCCAUCCACUGUCACAAUUUGAGAGUCUGCCUGAUUUGAUCAGAUUCACCUCCGGGGGAGGUGUGAUGACAAGGUUAGGAGGACGUGAAGUUGUGGGCAACUUUCUGAUCUGUCCAUCAGCGGUCUGAGAAACACUGGCUCUGAAUUUUCCGUAUCGGCCUUUUGGAAACAACAAGUUCCUCGCUGUUUGCAAAGCUUCAGUGCUUGGGUCCCUGGGACACCCGGCCACCCUCGCCUGGUAGAUGUGGCAUUUCCAUGCUGAGGCCACAAGUCCCGCCUGACCCCGUCGCUGCCUCUCCAGGGCUUCUCUGGGCCACGCCCCUGCGGACUGCGCAGCCAUGCUGCACCUGCUGGCGCUCUUCCUGCACUGCCUCCCUCUGGCCUCUGGGGACUACGACAUCUGCAAAUCCUGGGUGACCACAGAUGAGGGCCCCACCUGGGAGUUCUACGCCUGCCAGCCCAAGGUGAUGCGCUUGAAGGACUACGUCAAGGUGAAGGUGGAACCCUCAGGCAUCACGUGCGGAGACCCCCCUGAGAGGUUCUGCUCCCAUGAGAAUCCCUACCUGUGCAGCAACGAGUGUGACGCCUCCAACCCGGACCUGGCCCACCCGCCUAGGCUCAUGUUCGACAAGGAGGAGGAGGGCCUGGCCACCUACUGGCAGAGCAUCACGUGGAGCCGCUACCCCAGCCCGCUGGAAGCCAACAUCACCCUUUCGUGGAACAAGACCGUGGAGCUGACCGAUGACGUGGUGAUGACCUUCGAGUACGGCCGGCCCACGGUCAUGGUCCUAGAGAAGUCCCUGGACAACGGGCGCACGUGGCAGCCCUACCAGUUCUACGCCGAGGACUGCAUGGAGGCCUUCGGCAUGUCUGCCCGCCGGGCCCGGGACAUGUCGUCCUCCAGCGCCCACCGCGUGCUCUGCACCGAGGAGUACUCGCGCUGGGCGGGCUCCAAGAAGGAGAAGCACGUGCGCUUCGAGGUGCGGGACCGCUUCGCCAUCUUUGCCGGCCCCGACCUGCGCAACAUGGACAACCUCUACACGCGUCUGGAGAGCGCCAAGGGCCUCAAGGAGUUCUUCACCCUCACUGACCUGCGCAUGCGGUUGCUGCGCCCGGCGCUGGGCGGCACCUACGUGCAGCGGGAGAACCUCUACAAGUAUUUCUACGCCAUCUCCAACAUCGAGGUCAUUGGCAGGUGCAAGUGCAACCUGCAUGCCAACCUGUGCUCCAUGCGAGAGGGCAGCCUGCAGUGCGAGUGCGAGCACAACACCACCGGCCCCGACUGCGGCAAGUGCAAGAAGAAUUUCCGCACCCGGUCCUGGCGGGCCGGCUCCUACCUGCCGCUGCCCCACGGCUCUCCCAAUGCCUGUGCUGCUGCAGGUUCCUUUGGCAGCAUCAGCGGGUCCCAGAAAGACCCCGACCCCAAAGGCCCUGUGGCCACUGCGGCCACCACAGCCAUGACAGGGGCUCCCACUACUCCUGUCCCCUCCACGUCCACUGCCUGGGCCCCCACGGCUCCCAGCACCCCACAGCCCACAGCUGUGGGCACCCCUGCUGCUGCCCCUGCCCCUGCCAAGGGCUACAAACUUUUCCAGCUCAAGCCCAAAUCUCCUCAAGUGAUGCCUAUUGAAGAAUUCCAAGACUGCGAAUGCUACGGUCACUCCAACCGCUGCAGCUACAUUGACUUCCUGAAUGUGGUGACCUGCGUCAGCUGCAAACACAACACGCGAGGUCAGCACUGCCAGCACUGCCGGCUGGGCUACUACCGAAACGGCUCGGCAGAGCUGGAUGAUGAGAACGUCUGCAUUGAGUGUAACUGCAACCAGAUAGGCUCCGUGCACGACCGGUGCAACGAGACCGGCUUCUGCGAGUGCCGCGAGGGCGCGGCGGGCCCCAAGUGCGACGACUGCCUCCCCACGCACUACUGGCGCCAGGGCUGCUACCCCAACGUGUGCGAUGACGACCAGCUGCUGUGCCAGAACGGAGGCACCUGCCUGCAGAACCAGCGCUGCGCCUGCCCGCGCGGCUACACCGGCGUGCGCUGCGAGCAGCCCCGCUGCGACCCCGCCGACGAUGACGGCGGCCUGGACUGCGACCACGCGCCCGGGGCCGCCCCGCGCCCCGCCACCCUGCUCGGCUGCCUGCUGCUGCUGGGGCUGGCCACCCGCCUGAGCCGCUGAGCCCCGCCCGGGGGACGCUCCCUGCACCCGGGGGCCGGGGGUCCCGGGGCGGAGCCGGCGUCCGAGGCCGGGCGGCGAGAAGGGUGCGGCCCAAGCUGCUCCCAGGUGCUACUCAGCAGGGCCCCCCGCCCGGCCCACGCUCCCGCCCGCACUGCCCUCCCCCCCGCAGCAGGGGCGCCUAGGAACUCCGGUCCCCGCACCUGCGAUUUGGUUUCGUUUUUGUUUUGUAUUAUCUGCUGCCCAGUUCCUUUUUUGUCUUUCUCUUUUUUUUUUUUUUCCGCUGGUGGUGAGCCAGAGGGUCGGGAGGAGAAACGCUGCUCGCCCCACACCCCGUCCUGCCUCCCACCACACGUGCACACACGGGACUGUGGCCGACGACCCCUGGCCUGUGCCGGGCUCACGGGCGGCGGCGGACCCCGACCUCCAGUUGCCUACAAUUCCAGACGCUAACUCGGUCCUGUUUUCUAUUCUUUAUUUUUCCUGCAACCCAUCAGACCCCAGGCCUCACCGGAGGCCCGGUGACCAAGGAACUCACCGUCUGGGGGAGGAGGAGAGAAGGAAGGGGUGGUGGGGGGCCUGGACAUUUCGUUCUGUAGAGAACUAUUUUUGUUCGUAUUUACUGUCCCCUGUAGGGGGGACUGGGCGGGAGUGCCGGUCACAGCGGGGGCCGAGGGGCGAGAAUCCGAGGAGUAAAGAGUUUGCUCACUGCUGCCUCCA